ACCAAAUCUACGGUUAGUGGUAACCGUCUCUGCUUUACAUUUAAUUCAAUGACUUGGUAUAAUUAUUUUGAAACACUGUGACUGUUUUUCUUAUUGUAAUUUAUCUUUUUUAGUUAAGAAAGCACAUUUUAAAGAAGAUAGAUUGAUUUUUCCAGCUUCAAGGAAAUUGGAAGUAAAAAGGAUACCAUUAACAUUAUUGUAGACUGCCUUAGACUGUCCUGCUUGGUUUUAUCAAUUGUCGAGCAUAUUUUGCUUAUCAACUUACGAUUCGUCUUUUGUAUAAAAUAUUAAAGAUCAACCCGGAUUUAAAAUGCCAACAGAAAUCAGUCAAAGUGAAACAGACCCAUCAUCCUCUUCAUCGUCUCUGCGACAACAGCGACAACACCAGCCUGCAGGUCGUCGAAUAGGUUUCGAUGAAGCCCGAGAAAUUUUACAAAAAUGGAGAGAAGAGAAUGCUCGUUGUCCUGAGAAAGUAAGAGAUCUUUGGAUACAUUGCUUAUCUAAAUGUAAAAGUCUUGGUGAUGAAAGAUGGCUGAUUGUUGAACAAGUAGCUAUGGCUGGUAUGGAUUUACAUGAUACAUCUCUCAUCAAGGAAUGUUUAAGCAUUUUGGAGUCAAAAUUUCCGAAAAGCUCAAGAGUUCGUCGCCUUAAAGUCAUGGCUAAUGUGGAGAUGAGGGAAAGAUAUGAGGAAGCACUGAAAACAUAUGAUGCUAUGAUUAAGAAAGAUGAAGCCAAUUCGAUUCUCUACAAAAGAAAGAUAGCCAUUCUAAUUGCUCAAAAAAGGACUCCAGAAAUAAUUAAAGAGUUGUCAGAGUAUCUUAAAAAGUUCAUGAAUGACACAGAAGCAUGGUUAGAACUGUGUGAUGUAUACAUCCAAGAUCAAGCUUACAGUAAAGCAGCCUUUUGUAUGGAAGAGUUGAUCAUAACCAACCCUCACAAUCACCUGUAUCAUCAACGGUUUGCAGAAAUACAAUAUACGAUUGGAACCACUGAAAGUCUAGAAUUAGCCCGAUCUUAUUUUGCUCAGGCAGUGAAGCUUAAUCCAAGUAAUUUAAGGGCGCUAUAUGGUCUCCAAUUGACUGCUUACACCCUUUCCAACCAACCUAGAACAGUUUCACAAAAGAAAAAGGAGAAUGCCAAAAUUUCUGCUUGGGCAACAACUCAAAUUACAAAGCUGUAUCAAGAAUCAAAUGAAAAGUCAUUGCCAGUGGUGGAAUCGAUGAUGGCUAACUUGCAACUAUAAAUUUAUGGUUAUUUAAUUUAAUUCAAUGAAGGCUUACACUUUCUCAUAUCACGAUAGUGCAACCAUUUUUCGACAACACAUUUUCCUACUGAACAUUCACAUUUCUUGGAAAUAACCACAUUAAAGAAAGGCAUCCAAACAAAAAUUUUCAAUCAUAAUCUUUUUUAUUAACAAAAAUUAUUUGUAUUUCUUAAUUGUUAAAUGGAACGAUUCAUUCCUCUAAUAGAGUGGAAAAUGAAAAAGGAAUUUUUCUUUUGUAUUACAGUUAGUUUAGUUGAGACAAUAUGGAAACUCUCUGAACGAUCUGAAAACUCUUACAAAUCAUUUUUUAUUUAUGUUGAACUGGAUUAAGUCAAACUAUUUAAACCAUUAUAAAGAUUGUACAUGUAACCGGCA